AUGGUUAGGAUCACACAUAGACCAACAGUGCUCCGCAAGUUUUCCACCUACAACAACGAAGCACAUCCUCUCGCAUAUGCCAUCUACUUCUCUGCUAUCAACUCGCUACCCCCUAAGGUAGUACACAACAAGUUUGGCGAGACUAAGGAAUCGCUUCUCGAUCGAUUUCAGUUGGGUGUUGAAAUUUCGCUGGCCCGGGAAAACUAUCUCACGACAUCAAGUCUGGAGAUCUUCCAGGGUUUCGUACUGUGGUUAACUUGUAUUACCAGGGAAGAGGACAUGGGCAAAGCGUGGGUUUUGAUAGGUAUUGCAUUUCGCAUCGCCCUGAACCAAGGUCUGCACCGAGAUCCGUCUUUGUUCCCAACCGGUUCUAUGGACGCCUUAACUAUCGAACUACGUCGUCGUAUGUGGCACCAGCUAGGCCACUUGGAGUUCCGGGCCGCAGAGUGUAAGGGGCAGGAACCGAGCAUCACCGAAGACUUCUACACUACGCUAUUGCCACGUAAUAUCGAUGAUGAAGACCUGGUAGAUGGCGCAAGCCCUGGUCCGGCCCCAUAUAACGAACAAAAGUUCACAUCCAUGUCGUUUCAACUAGUCAGAUUCAACGGCAUGCGAGCCCUACGACGCAUAAUCCAGAGUACUUACCGCCUCGAAAGACGUAUGCUCGACUCUGGGCUCCAUGGAACAUCCCGUCCUGAUCCUGCACAAGAGCUUAGAGAUCUCUACGAACAGAUCAAGGUCAUGCUUGACGAAGUUCAUGAAGAGAACCAACGAAAAUUCCUGCAAUAUCUAACCCCGGAGGUACCAAUGGAGAGGCUGACAUUGGGACUGGCUUCGCUUUUGGAGUGGCGCGCUUACCUGCUGUUCUGGCUUAGAAUGCCGCGUGCUUAUCGUGAUGUAGUCUUCUCGGAUGAGAUUCGCCGGUCGAUCUUCGAGAAAUCAGUCAACUGUGUAGAGACACUAAAUGGAGCAGCCGCGGAUGUUGACGCCGCUCGCUUUCAAUGGCACAUUGGUGGGAUUGCUUCCUUCCAGGCUAUCAUGCACAUCCUAUCGGAACUUCGCAACCCUCUCUUCGACGCACCGGACCGGCAACGCGCGCUUAGAGCUCUACAGAUGUCUCGAAUACUUCGAGAAAACAACAGUGCCAAAGCAUGGCAAGCUGUGAAGAACAUGAUUGACAAGGCUGUAUCCGAACAUAAUCUCCCCCCAAGGAGCACGUCGCAGCCUACGAGCCACUACGUCAAUCCACCAAUGGUGCCAUCCAUAUCCGUGCCGAUGAACAAUGCAUCGAGCAGUAACACGAGCGUAUAUCCGACGAUGCAAGCUAUUCCAAGCUACGCCUUCCAAAACUCGUCUGCGACCUUUGACCGGCAGCCUAUCUCAGGACGUUCUCAACCUCAAGCAAUGACGACUGAGCCAGACUUACUGCAAUCAAUGCAGUCCAUCCAGGAUCGUGCACCAUGCUGGGAUGAUAUAAACCUUAGCAACAUUAACAACAUCGUAGGCGAUGUACAAGCUAACACAGAUGUAAUCCCCGACUUCGACUUUGGAUUCUGGGGCGACCCUUUCAACUACGAGAACGAGCCUGCUGCAAUGCCGUUACAAGACGGCUACUUUCCUCAGUGGCUUGGAUGA